AAGAGGAAGAUGCGAGAGAGGGAGACGGAGAGUGCGCGGAACAAGAGACAGUGCAGCUGCAGCUGCAGUGGCUGCGGCGACAGUGGUAGCAAGGAAUCUCGCGAGAAGAAGCAGAGGAAGAGACGAGCGCGCGGCCGAGGAUGCUCAUAAGAAGCGCCGGGAGAAGGGAGAGUUCGCGAUCGCACGUAUACAUAUAUAAAGUAAGAGAGGCAUAGGAUAUAGAGAAAACGCGCGCCGAGUCGAGAACAAAGACAGAGAGCACGAGCGAGGGAAGCUGGGUAGUGGGGCGGAAAGGAAAGAGUGAGAGAGAGAGAGAGAGAGAGAGAGAGAGAGAGAGAGAGAGAGAGAGAGAAAGAGCGCGAGAGAGAAAGAUUGGCGAACUACUCAAGCACGUGGAGUCCGCGACGACGAGUUGCUCGAUCUCGCUGCAUUCCGCGGAGCGUGUAGUCAGUCUCUCCAUACCUACCUCGCGGUGCAGUGUAAGAGCGCUGCGGCCUGACGCGCGUUCUCCGAGAGCUCGCUGUACCAUAGGGAUUCACCUUGCGUGCGCAAGUGCGAGACAAGCCGGCUCGUGGAAUCUGUGCGCGGUAGCCGCCGCCGAGAGCUGCUCACUGUGAUUUGUAUUGUUUUCGCGGGUUCGGCGUUAAGAGGAUGUUUUUGAUUAUCAAGCUCAUUUCGAGAUCGAAAAGAUCUGGUAGACAGUAAGCCGAGUCGCGAGUUUUAAAAAACUCACUGAAACCUCGAGAAAACGGAACAGUGCAAAAAGUAAACAAGCCGGGUCAACGACACUCUGCGAGCCGUGCUGUGUAACAAGACCCACGUGCACAAAGAGACGCUGAAGGACAGUAAAGAGUUAAAAAAAAAUGUGACACGCGGUGUACAGUGUGCAAGAAAAAAUGCGCAAAAACGGAGUCAUGGCUUCGCUUAAUUGGGUGUGCUUGUUGCUCCUCUUUCUGCCGCUUUAUGCGAAUGGAACGACGAGCGAUGCGCUUCAAGCGAGUCAUCACCAGAGUCAUCAGAAUCACCAGCACCACGGAUAUUCUCAUCACCACCGGAAUGCGAGUCCAGUGAACUGGUCUGCUCGUCACAACUCCCACACGGCCCAGCAUCCUCAUAGUCGGCACAACCACGAGUCCUUCCUGCGACGAGAAUCGCGUCUUCUGGGCUACCGUACUCUCGGCACUAGCAGUCGCUCAUACUUAACAAGUACCUCGGCAACGUCGACGACGACAGCGAGAACGACGACGUUGAGCACGUCGACAACGUCGUCGAGAAACAACGUUAGAUCGUACCCGAGACUACGAGAACAGAGGCUGAGCGCUGUCUUGUCGCCCUCUGUGGAGCCCGUUGCUAGCAGGAGUGUCAUAUUCGGUACCGUCGUUCAUCGUGAUACCCACAGAGAUAAUUACGCGCCGAUUUACCCCAGUUACAAUUUCGGCAGCACGCCGGCCACCACUUUCAGCCUGUUUCAGCCUGGAAGGAGGGUAUGUUCGAGUGGUUCGGAGGCUAGUUCCGCACUUCACCACCACUCGAAUCGGCAACCCAGGCUGGCUUACGCGGAUCUCCAGCCGUCCGGAUUCCUCUGCUGCCCGGGCUGGACGCAGGUCACGCGAUUGAGCUUCGGCUGCAACAAACCCGUGUGCUCGCCGCCCUGCCAGAACGGAGGAGUUUGCUCGUCACCCGGCAGGUGCACCUGCCCCAAAGGAUUCACCGGCAACUACUGUCAAAUAGAUGUGGACGAAUGUGUGACGGAAAAACCGUGCGGCCAAAUAUGCAGAAACGUACCUGGCAGCUACGAGUGUUACUGCAGAAGUGGAUAUGAACUGCAGCCCGAUCGCCAAUCGUGUCGAAAGAACGAUAGCGACGGCACUGCACUGGAGGCGCGAGAUUUGGAAGAGGGCUUCGAGGAGACAACGACGACGACCACGAGGCGACCGAUACUACGCGAUACCGAGAACGAGGUUGGCGAUGGCGAGGAGGAGAACACUUACGAGGAACUACUCCGGAGGCUCAUCAAACUGGAAAAGCAAUUGGCAAAAGGUAAAAAGCGAGAAACUGAAGCAAAUGAGAUAGCCACAAGGAUUGCCGCAGCUAUUGACAGCAUCAACGAGAUUCGCAGAAGCAUUCAAAAUAUGCAAUUGAUGCAACAAGAGAUCUAUGAAUUACGAAACAAAGUGAAACUCUACGAAUUUGAAACGAGGAAAAUUCAGCACUUGAGCAACAGAGUAAAUGAUUUAGAAAACCGAUUGAGGUUACGAUGCAGAACUGGUGUAUAUUUUAAUAGUGGAAGUCCUUACAUUAGAUAAUUUAACAAUAAAAAAAUACAUGUAAAAUUAAGUUGUCUUUCAUAAAAGUUGAUUAUGAAAUAGCUAUACAAUCUGUUGAAUACAAUAAUAAUAGUUUUUCUACUAUAAAAUAGAAGUAUAAUUGAGAAACUAAGUGUAAUUUUGGAACAAUGUUAUUGACACUGCCAAGUUGCAUUUAUUUUUAUGUACUUUGCUACAGUAAGUAGUAGUUUUAUAUACCGCUACUAGAUUUAAACGUAUUAUUAAAUUUUGUAAUACAAUUUUUACGGAAACUAUCAUUUAAGAUAAUAUUAUAACAU